AUGUCUGAUGAUGCUGUGGACACGAGUCAGCAGUCAGGCACGCUGAGCGAUCCCGACGCCCUGGCCGAGUACUACCGCAGCCAACCCGGAUACGCCCGGAUCAAGAAAGAGUACCUCCUCCCUCGCGAAUCCCCAGCUGCUGCUGCUGCCGCCGUGACCGCACCCGAAGACGCCUCCGAACGCGAUCCAGCGACAAACUACGUCACCGCCCCCGACCCCGCCCCCGCCGGCUCCAGCAGGGAGAAAAAGCGAAAACGCGGACAAAACAAGAACCGAAAAUUCAACAACCCCGGCGAGUCGGGUAUCAAGCUCUGCGGCAAUACCGCGCUGAACAAACCCUGCCCGUUCGGCGCCUCCUGCAAAUUCACCCACUCAAUCCCCACCUACCUCGCCUCCAAACCCCCCGACAUCUCCCCCACCUGUCCCGUCUUCGCCUCAACCGGUCGCUGUGACGCCGGCUGGAAGUGCCGUUUCCUCAGUGGUCAUGUAGAAAAAGUCGUGGAGGAUGAUAUGAGCACGUGGAAGCUCGUGGUGGAUGAGGAGAGGGCGAGAACGCAUGAGGGUGAUUAUUUGAAUGUUGUGGGGAGGGAUGCGCAGAAGGCGUUGAGGACGCAUGAGAUGAAACUACCCAAGAGUGAGGUGUAUAUGGCUGAGCUUGAGAAAGAGAUCGAGGAAGCGAAGAGGGCGGAUGCAGCUCGUGCCAAAAUCAACCAAACCCCCGAAAAUGCGAAGACCACCGACGCCCAACCCUCCUCCGCCGAGUCAGGCCCCGGCCCAACCCCGGACGACCUAGCAGACCAACGCGCAACCUACCUCGAAUCCCGCUACCGCCCCCAAGAAAAACACCGCCUCCACCUCUCCGGCGCAAAAAUCCUCGCUCCACUAACGACAGUAGGAAACAUCCCCUUCCGCCGGAUCUGUAAAUCGUUUGGUGCGGACGUGACCGUCUCCGAGAUGGGGUUGAGUGCGCCGUUAUUGCAGGGGCAUCAACCGGAGUGGGCAUUGCCUCGGGCUCAUAUUUCUGAGAGAAGUGCGGGCGGGAGGUACGGUGUACAGAUCGCGGGUGGGAAGAUUCGGAAUAACGUACAGGCUGCAGAGGCGUUGAGCACGUUAUGUGAUGAUAUCGACUUCAUCGACCUCAACUCCGGCUGUCCAAUCGAUCUCGUAUACCACCAAGGUGCCGGCUCAGCCCUCCUCGACUCCCCCCUAAAACUCCUCCGCAUGGCGCGCGGAAUGUCACAAGUCUCCGCCCAAAUCCCGAUAACCGUCAAAAUCCGCACAGGAACGCGGGACGGCCACCCGACUGCGCUGAAUUUGAUAAAGAGGUUGAGGGAGGAGACGUUGGGUGGUGUGCAGGCCGUGACGCUACAUGGGCGGAGUCGGCAGCAGAGGUAUACGCGGAGUGCGGAUUGGGGGUAUAUUCAGAGUUGUGCGGAGAUGGUCGCAUCUGCACGGGCGGGCGAGGCGGCGAGUGAUAUCCGGGGUGUACAGGCGGAGGAGGGGGAGUUUCCCCCGAUGGCGUUCGUGGGCAAUGGGGAUAUCUAUACGUUUGAGGAUUGGCAUAAUGCGCUUGGGACGGGUGUCGAUGCAGCCAUGAUUGCGCGUGGUGCGUUAAUCAAACCCUGGAUUUUCGAGGAGAUCGAAAGGGGGCAGCAUAUCGACAAAACACCAACCCAACGCCUCGAUAUCCUCCGCGACUUCGCUAACCACGGGCUCGAAUACUGGGGUGCAGACGCGCACGGUAUCGCGACAACUCGCCGAUUCCUCUGUGAAUCGAUGUCGUUUAUGCAUCGCUAUAUCCCUGUCUCCGUGCUUGAGGAGGGAUGGAAGCCGAGUAUGAGGGAGCGGGCACCGAGGUGGAGGGCGAGGGAUGGGGUUGAGGAGAUGUUGGGGAGUGGGAGGUGUGGGGAUUGGGUUAAGCUUAGUGAGAUGUUUUUGGGGCCGGUUGGGGAGGGGUGGGAGUUUGUGCCGAAGCAUAAGAGUAAUUCGGUGGAGGGGGAGGAGGCGCAGGGAUAG